AUGGAAGUGUUCUGUUCUAUUUAUCACUUAACCUAUUUUCUGGCUGCUGGGGCUAUUACUUUCGGAAUUGGUUUCUUUGCUUUGGGAUCAGCUUUAUGGUUCCUGAUUUGCAAACGAAGAGAAAUAUUUCAAAAUUCUGAAUUCAAAACAACUGAUGAGAGAUGCAGCCAAAGACCAUCAGAGGCAAAGAAUAAAUCUCAUUCUCAAUGUGUUUUUAUUUCUCGAAAUUUUCAUACAGGAACAUUUCAAUUAGAGGAGGAGCAAAGAGAACAGGAAACAGCACAUAUAAAAGCAAGUGAUCACUCUAAAGAUGAAUUCUGCCUUACAACUAAAAAAGUGAUUUGUGACUCUUCAGAGACUAGCUCAACAACAAAUUGGGGUGAUGUUACGUUAAGCUCAUCAGCGUUACCAUCUGAUUCUUGUUACGGACAAACUAUAGAAGCAGCUGAUGACUGGUUUACUGAUGACUCUCUAGUGAAACAGAGCUCUUCAACGCCUUUGCUCAGGGAACCUCUAAUGGAAAAAGUAUGUCCAUACCUGUCAACCAGUUCGCUAGAAGAAUGUACGAAUAUGAUAGUUUAUGAUGGUCAAAAAGAGGACAGCAUUAAGGAACUAUUUUCAGGAAGAAAUACAGAGGUUGAAAUACAAACCUUCAACAAAAUAUUGAAUGACUUUUCUUUUGAAACUUUAUUAGAAUUUAUGUACACUAACGCCUGCUACUCAAAUGCUGCCCUCGGACCAGAAGCACUGGCAUCGUUGGGACAGUUGUUAGAAAUGCAGAAUCACAGGCCCAUCCCAGAGCUACGCUAA